AAAGUGCUAGUCCUAUUGUUAGUAAAAGUGAAAAUGAAAAUCCAGAAAUAGUUGCUAUUAAUAAAAGUGCCAAAAUAACUAUUGUUAAUAAUAAUGUUGAAAUAAUCAUCAUUAAUAAAAGUGCUAAAAUAACUACUAUUAAUGAAAGUGCUAAAACAACAGCUAUUGAUAAAAAUGUUGAAAAGACUACUACUGAUGAAAGUUCUAAAACUACUAGUAAUAAAAAAUGUAAAACAAAUAAGUUAUGA